ACCGAAUACGGGCGAAGGUCAGACGUAGAAGUAUGUAUGUACAUAUUUGUUACAUUUGCAAUUGAAGGACUAGAGACUAGAUGAGAUAUGCAUAUGCGAAAUCAACAUGAUGUUGUAUACUAUGUGCGCGCUAAGUAAAAAUGUCAUUGUGAUGUAGCUACCGUUCAGUGUCAGUUCAGCAAGAAGAUUCAGUGUGAGCAAGAUGAUUAAUCGAGAUUCCCUGGCGUCUAGAUAAUAAUGUGAAACGUUUUAAUCAGUUCCGAAUGCUUUUGUUUGCAUUCAUUAUUCCCUUGAUAAAAAGAGACAAUUUUCGUCGUACCGGUUAUUUUCACAUACAAGUGAUAAAGGUCAAGUUGUAUAAUAAAAUAAAUUAUAAUAGACUAUUAGAGCUUCAAAAUCAUGUAUUAAAAAAUGAGUGAUCAUACGACACCUCAUUCAGUCGAAAGUAGUCAAACAGUUAUUGAAAAAAUACACAUGACUGUAUUAUCAGACACAAAGUCAGCAUCCAUACUACAAGCUGCAACACCUCUUUCAAUGGAAACAAUUGUAAAAGCAACGGAGAAACAGAACAAUCAUAUUGGAAGCGAUGGUAUUUCAAAUGCACAGCGGGUAUGGACAAGUUUGGUGGCUGGUGCUAUUGCAGGUGCAUUAGCGAAGACAACAAUCGCACCUCUGGAUCGCACAAAAAUUAACUUCCAGAUUUCACAACAACCGUAUUCUGCAAAAGCAGCUAUAGACUUCGUAGUAAAAACUCUUAAGGCAGAUGGUUUGCUUAGCUUAUGGCGUGGAAAUAGUGCAACCAUGGUUAGAAUUAUUCCAUAUUCAGCUGUCCAAUUCACAGCUCAUGAACAAUGGAAAAGAAUUUUAGGAGUAAAUGGAUCAGAGAGGGAAAAACCAGGACUAAAUUUCCUUGCUGGUGCAUUAGCUGGAGUGACAUCUCAGAGUGCAACGUAUCCUCUGGAUUUAAUGAGGGCAAGAAUGGCUGUAACGCAAAAGGCUGAAUACAAAACUCUACGUCAAGUUUUUGUACGCAUUUAUAUGGAAGAAGGAAUAUUGGCAUAUUACCGUGGAUUCACAGCGACACUACUCGGUGUUAUUCCUUACGCAGGCUGCAGUUUCUUCACCUACGAUCUUCUAAGGAACAUGCUGACUGUGUACACGGUGGCUAUUCCUGGGUUCUCGACAUCACUGAUUUGCGGCGGCAUUGCCGGAGUGGUCGCUCAAACUAGCAGCUAUCCUCUGGACAUCGUUCGGAGAAGAAUGCAGACGUCAGCAAUCAAGGGCAAACAUUAUCAUACAAUUGGUUCCACCAUAUCAAAAAUUUACAGAGAAGAAGGUCUAAUGGCUUUUUAUAAGGGAUUGAGCAUGAAUUGGGUGAAAGGCCCUAUCGCAGUAGGAAUUAGUUUUGCCACGCAUGAUACAAUUCGUGGUACAUUAAGAAAAAUUAUUGCUAGUCCAACUGAUUCCUCAAAUUAAUACUUCAGAGUUAUAAAAUGCUCUAUACAAUUACAGAAACUGAACAGAAAUAACUAAUGAUCAAUUAAAAUAGAUUUAAUAUAGAAAAGAAGUAAAUCACUUUCAAUACAUGAAAAGCCUUUUGAAAUAUCGACAUGCAUAAAGUCUAAUAUAUGUAAAAACUGUCAUACACAAAGUCGUACAACAAUAAUUAUACUGUUUUCAAAGUACACAUCUGGAAUGGCAGGUGGUCACUAGUACAAACUGUUACUGUACAUAUUGUUAUUUGAAAUGUUAUAAAAACUGUUGAACAGCAAAAAUGCAUGCAAAGUAGAUAUGUAUUUAAGUCAAUGAAAAUAUAUUGCGCAAAUAUUCAUUUUAAACUGCA